GGGGCUUCUGGGUAGCGGAUUACCCCCGCCCCCCGCGCCUGCGACUUCCUUUCCGUCCCUGACGCCGCCGAGGUCGCACGCGUGAGGCUAGUCCGCCGCCGAGAUGCGCUACGUCGCCUCCUAUCUGCUGGCCGCCCUCGGGGGCAAUGCCUCCCCCAGUGCCAAGGACAUCAAGAAGAUUCUGGACAGCGUGGGCAUCGAGGCGGACGACGACCGGCUCAACAAGGUCAUCAGUGAGCUGAACGGAAAAAACAUCGAAGACGUCAUUGCCCAGGGUAUUGGCAAGCUGGCCAGUGUGCCUGCUGGUGGGGCGGUGGCCGUCUCUGCUGCCCCAGGAUCUGCAGCUCCCGCUGCUGGUUCCACCCCAGCUGCAGCAGAGGAGAAGAAAGACGAGAAGAAGGAAGAAUCCGAGGAGUCGGAUGAUGACAUGGGAUUUGGCUUGUUUGAUUAGAGUCCUGCUCUCCUGCAAAUAAAACCCUUUUUACGUA